UGUGCGCGUCGCGUGUGCAAAAAGAGAGAAAAAAAAAGCAAAGAAAAGUGUUUCUGCGUUUUCGAGGCAGGAGAUCGUGUGGUACGCGGUGAGAAAGGGCUCAGUUACAAGGCGCCCUCCGAUCUGCAGGGGAGUCUCCGCGUACCUGGAGCUAACCUUGACUCGAGCGGCUCACCUCGGCUCGCUCGCGCCGUGAUCGGCGGCGCUCCGGUGAGAGACGGACUUUUUAUCGGCGUCGCCACCCCAUUAGGAUUCGGGGCGGCAUCCCUCCCCGUGUGUACACGUAGAGCUGCAGAAGCGGCGCUGCUGCUGGCGGCGACGGACCGGCGUUUUUCUUUCUCUACCGUGUUUUUCUGCUGGCGGGUCUGGGAGCUCUCUCGCAUGCCCUCCUCCUGCGCCUGGUCUGCGUGCCGUACUCAUCGCGUCGAGCGACUCCACUGGACUCAGCAACUUUCUCGAGAUUUGUUUUUCUUUUUCUCGCCCUCAUCUUCAGACCUACGUAAUAGAGCGAAGCGUAGGGCAACGCCGUGAUAGCCCCAUUGUGUGCAUUUCCUGUGCGUAUCGGAACCCUGUCAUCGUGCGACAUCGUCUGCAACGGUCUGCAACGAGACAACGCUUCGACGACGACCGCCGCCAAACCGGAAGGUCGUAGUCUUUCGGUGCGCGGUUUGGUACCAGUUCUUUUUCGUGCUGCCCGCUUUCUGGUGUGUGAUAUUUCUUGCUGCCUGCAUGGGUGAUUCGUGUGUGAGGCCGCCACCCAAGGAGUGACCAUCGCCACUGACCGUACUUCGGGCAAGCCUUUGUGCGCUGCAACAAGGUCUUUCGCAUACUAUAAACCUUUGCGUCCCAGGAGCUUUUGCGUAUAGCCGCCUUCUGCUUGGGUCGGCCUUUAGGCGCUCAGCUCUGACCGCAACCGAGCCUGGACGAGAGAGAAAUACGAGACUUCCCGUUGCGAGGCCGAGCGAUCAUCGGCGAGAACGAUUCGUGGAAGGAGUCUCCCCCGCCGCCAGUGGCUGUGCGACACGCGGUCUUCGCUCUCGUCCCGUCUGGGUGAACGGAAAAGGGGCGAAAUACGAGCGUACCUCUCGGAGCGGGGCCAGAGUGCACCUCGAGUGGCUCAUCGGCGGCGCUGAGUUGGGAUUCCUUGCAUCCAGCAACGCGGCGCAGCCAGGAGGACGACCCGCAGCGUGCGAAGCCCCGGAGAAGGGUGAGGAAGGAGGCGGCAGCAAACGAGGCAGCGCUGUGAGCGACUCUGCGUUGCAUCGCCUUUCGAGAAAACCAGAUACGCUGCAGGAAACUGAAAAAUAAAUAUUCCCAGUGCCGCAUGCUGACUCCCGCCCUCCUCAGACUCUUGCCAGCUCGUGCGUGCUGUGGGGCGUAGGUGGGAUCGGUGUCGCAUAGAUUGUGACACGAAAAGCACGAAGAAGGAGCGCACGAAUUGAAAUAUUCGGCAGGAAAGAGAUUCUAAAGGCCACAGCAUCGGCCGGUGAGCUCUGGUGCACCACCUCCUGCGGCCCCUCGUCGAAGCUGUGGUGCAAGAUCGGUGUCGCAUAGUGCUUGACAGGAGGAAAAGGGCGACGAAGUAGGUGCGAGGGGAAGAAGAAGAAGCAGGGCGAGUGGCCGCUUGGGGCGCGCUGGCCGUUGGAACGCUCGAGCCGGCCGCCGACGGACGGCGGCAGGCGCAUCGGCAUGGCGCCGCGCACGACCGUCCCGGCGGCGGUCUCGUGAGCAAGAUGCGCAAGUGGUUCGGCAGCAAGCCCAAGGAGGCCGAGCCGGCAGCGCAAGUCGCCUCGAGGAGCGGCCACGCUAGCAAGGUGUCCACGCAGGCCUGGAACUCGGCGUCAUCUCACCACCAGCCCCAACAGGCACAGCAGCAGCGGGCCGCCGCACCUCCGUCCGCCGCGGGCCGGAAAGCCAGCGCCAGUUCGCCGGAGGCCUCCGAGGAGGACACGCAGACCUCUGUCCGAUCCAGUUCUGGGACAGCGGCCACGCUGGCUAGCGGCAAGAUCGAACGGCGGCACUCCGUCGACUCCAGCAGGUCGGCUCGGAACUGCGCGCCGCGGGACGCGACCAUUAUUUGGGACGGCCGCGUCACCUUUGAAAGGUUCCUUGAAGAGGCCAGGAAGUCCUUUGAACAAAAAUGGACCAGUCCUAGUUCGAACACAGCCUGCCUGGAGGACUUUGACCGGAUCAAGACUCUAGGGACUGGCUCCUUUGGGCGGGUGAUGCUUGUCCAGCACAAACAGCACAAGGACUAUUAUGCCAUGAAAAUACUAGACAAACAAAAGGUAGUAAAGCUAAAACAAGUAGAACACACCCUAAAUGAAAAACGGAUAUUACAAGCCGUCGAGUUCCCAUUCUUGGUCAAGCUAGCAUACCACUUCAAGGACAACUCAAACUUGUACAUGGUACUGGAAUAUGUGCUUGGAGGCGAGAUGUUCUCACAUCUAAGGAAAAGUGGGAGAUUCUCGGAACCACAUGCGCGGUUUUACGGCGCCCAGAUUGUGCUGGCGUUCCAGUACCUGCACUCCUUAGACCUCAUCUACCGGGACUUGAAGCCUGAGAACCUGCUGAUUGACCACACAGGAUACAUCAAGGUUACAGAUUUUGGCUUUGCCAAGCGAGUCCGGGGACGAACCUGGACCUUGUGUGGCACACCUGAAUACUUGGCUCCAGAGAUCAUUCUCAGCAAGGGCUACAACAAAGCUGUCGACUGGUGGGCACUUGGUGUCCUGGUGUACGAGAUGGCGGCUGGCUACCCACCUUUCUUUGCUGACCAGCCAAUCCAGAUAUACGAGAAAAUUGUCUCUGGCAAGGUCCGCUUCCCAUCACACUUCACGUCCGACCUGAAGGACCUGCUGAGGAAUCUGCUGCAGGUUGACUUGACCAAGCGCUUUGGCAACCUCAAGAAUGGUGUCAAUGACAUCAAAAACCACCGGUGGUUUGCCACAACAGACUGGAUUGCCAUCUACAAGAAAGAGGUUGAGGCCCCAUUUGUGCCGAAAUGCAAGGGUCCCGGCGACACGAGCAACUUUGAUGAGUAUGAAGAGGAAGCCCUGCGCAUAUCGUCGACAGAAAAGUGUGCCAGGGAGUUUGCCGAAUUCUAGGCUGGGUGGCACACAGGAGAAAAAGUACCCGGGGAGCCGACGACUAGGGGAGGCUGUUGAGCUCCUUCACACUUUUUUUGCCCUUGGCAGUGAGAAGCAAGAACCAUCUGCGCUGCCUUGGCCAUGCACACCUCCCAUGGGUGAGGGGAGAGAACCGACAGAUCAAGGCACUCAACCAAAGGCUAUGAUGUCCACAGCGCCAUUCACACAGGUUUUUUUUUUUUUUUACCGAUAAACUGGCGCUGGGCCAAGCUUCGGCAGCCACAACCUGUGUGUGUUCCCUGGAUUAUCUGUCAGCGCUGCUUGCUUCAUGCCCUCUCACAACCCCACGGCCUCCUCUGCCCUCGUUGGCUCUCCCAGGCAUGCAUGUCGGAUUGUGUCCUGUCGGGUGCGCCCCCCUCCCCUCUUUGUUUUUCCGUUUCUCAUCAUUUCACUCGCUGUCUGCUCUGCGUGCAGCUCCUGGCACAAAGGCUAGCGACAUUGGCUAGUCGAUGCUGGAGGCACAGCCACACGGGCCUUGAGAAGCCACUCCGGGCAAUCGCUGGGAGACCAUAUUCUCACCGUGGAGCAAGGCUUCUUGAUGUUGUGGUGCACAGCCAGCAGAAAAGAUGGUCCCCACAUGCAAACGCUGCCUUUAGCUUUCUCGUAUGCAGCAGAGAGCUAGCGGGGGCUGUGUGGGCUGCCUAUAUGUUUGGGUGUCUAGCUGCAUGGACCUUGGGGACUCCUUCUAUGGGUCACUGCUGAGAAACUUUGUUUCUGCUGUGGAACAGGGUUCUCCUAUGUUUCCUGACUGUGCACACGAUAGAAGAAAACGGUUCCCAGCGUUUCACACACCACUGACCCCAGCUCUCUAUGCUGUCCUGCCUUUGGCACUAUCUCCACUUGUAUAGCGAGAACCCACUACUGUCACUGCUUUUCUUUCUCUCCUAGGCAUUACCAUAGAGGUGAAUAAAGUGUAUUUUGGCGGAAUUGAGAAAGUAUGGGAGCCUGCCCUUGUGUUUUACCUCCAGGGCCAGGCACUUGCAUGUUAACAGCGACUAUACUCUUUCUAGGCAGCCACUGAGCUUCUAAGAGGCAAAUGAGAAAUUAAAAAAAAAAAAAAGCGAUACAAAGGAGGUUUCAGCAUGUCUGUCUGUAUGCGUGCAAGUGUCUACAGUCUCUUGUGGUGGCAUCUGCAUUUUAUUUUUAUCUUGUUUAUUUUGUCUUUGUGCACAAGGUGAGUUUUGCAAUGCUACACAUACUCUACAACUCUCUCCUGCAGCUGUGACGGCAGGUAAUUUGAUGCCUGCAGCUUUGGAGAGGCUUCAUCCUAGGCUAGCACAUGUCCGGAAGGAGCAAUCAUUUGGAAGCUUGUCAUCACAUCCUCUGUCAGCCUCCACGCUAGUAGAGCUUGGAAUUGUGGCUGCAGGUGUGUGUUCUCUGCUCUUCUGACCACAGCGUUGCUUUCCUGGUUGGUUGCACUGGUGCACAUGCUCUCUUGGCACAUCUCUUCAGUUGUCGUCCUAAAGUCCUUCGUUUUGUUCGGUGCGAAGAACCCAUCAGUGACCACCACACCUGUUCUUCUUGGUACACUGCCAAGUCACAGGCCCCUGCACUGGAGUACAAGAGCACUCACAUAUGACGAGUUUAGACAACUUUUUGAGUUUGCUCUUGGCAGGUCCCCUAGCAUCUUCAAAAGAGAGCUUUUCUCUGCUAGACUUUUUCAUCGGGUAUAACGUCUGCCAAAUUGCAGUGCAUGUAGACUCUUGGAAAGAUACUUGUGCAAGUGUGUGCGAGCCAACCUGCUUAUAAGCUGAAUUAGUGCAAUUUGGGCUGGGUCAGCUGGAUGUCAUGAACACAGUGCAGAUGCAGAUUGUGACUGGUUGUUGUGAUGCUGUACUGCUUUGUGUCUGAGAAUGAGCAAGCUUCAAGUUUGGGUAUUGGAGCUGAAGCUAUGUGGGUGUGCCAUUCAUCCUCCCGGUGUUUUAUUUUGCACACGCCCCAUAGCUGGCAUGCGCAUUUUGCAAUGGCAUUGCUGGUAACAGCAGUUUCCCUACCAGCUUCGGUGUCGCGCUGCCUGUUCUUCCAUGUCGAUCGAUUCAUUUAUGCCUCUGUACCUACUAUUGCGAAUCCUGUGCUUGACCAGGGGCUCCUUUGGAUUUUGUCCAUGUAGCUUGAAAGCUUGUGCGCCUCUUGGUUUUUAUCACCUCGUUGAUGGCCAUGCCUGUAAAUACAGGGAUGUAUCUGUUUGGUAUAUGCAAUACUAACUACACAGGCUUUCCUCUGGACCUCCUUUCUAAUCACAUUCUCCCAGCCACACCUUGUUCCUUCCUGAGUGUCUUCUUGGUUUGUUUUAUGCAAGGUAGGACUGACUAGCUUUUUUGGUCUCACGGGGUUGCGCUGUUUCCCUUUUGAAGUCCCCAUAUAACCAGCACGCCAAAUGCACAUGCCCAGGCCUUUUUAUGUGCGAGGCCAGUUUAAAGAAUGAUGGCACCAUUAGAUGUGUGUUUGUUUACCAAAAUGCCAGAAUUAUGUAUAAGGAAGUGGUCAACCUUUCUGGUGUAAGAAUACCAUGGGCCAUUGCUUGCUGCGCUUUUCUUUUCAUCCACUUUUGUAGGGCAUGUCUUGUGGCCGUUGCGUGUUAUGCCUGACCCUUUGCAUACUCACUUGGAGAGAGGUGUACAUGCAAGAUGUUGGUCUAUUUGUCUGCAAUUCAUCUGUUCUUCUUGUAACCCACUUCAGUUGACUGACCUCUUGAGUCUUCAGCCAUCUGCGAUUUCUGAAUUUGCAUUACAGCUUUCUCCUGCAUAUCAAUUUAUUUUUUUCCGACAAGUGUUCACCAAAUCUCUUAUCAUAUUUUGUUGGUUAACUUUGGUGUUGCACUAGUAUUGCUCUUAUGUUGCUCAAGAAUCAUAUCUGCAAUACUUUACUGCAGCUCAUUUGCAAUAUUUUCCUACAUGCUGUGUUCGACAUUUUGUCUAGAUGAGUUCUGCAAGGUUGUGUGCUUGCACAUAUCUUUUAAUGGUGUCAAAAAGCUAACACGAAGCCAGUUGAGUCAUAUGAGGCAUAGGUGGAGAAUUAUUCUUGUAUUACAAUUAUUUUUCUUUCUUUUUACCUCAGAUGGGAAAUUUUGUCUUCAAACAUUUUGAGUUUUUAGUGCUGCACAUGUUGCAGUUGCCAAGUUUAUAUUUACGUUUCCUUGACAAAAUGAACUACAAUAUUUAAAGAUCUCGGUGGUCUUAAAGCUUCAUAUCUGUUUUCCUUUCUUUGAGAAUGAUGUAGCAAACUGCAGUAUUUUUGUAGGGAGAAUUGAUGGCGUUCACAAGCGCCAUAGUGUUGUGCAUUGGAUUGUACUAUUGUUUCCAAAAGUUUAUGGGAUGCAGGUGUCGCAAAAGACCGGAUGUUCUACAUCGGUUAGGCUUUCCAGAAAGUUCAGUUUUGUGUUAGUCGCACAUGUUACUGCAGACUGCAACUCGAAAUCUCAGAGUGCACACCAAGGCUUUGUGAAAAGUUUUUUUUUUUUUUUUAAAUUACCACACCCUGUAAACUUUUGGCACCAACAGUACAUUAGUGGACUUCCAUGUGCUUGUUUAAAUGACUAUGUAUUGAACAGGGCAGAAAGUGAUUUAGGAGCCUGGAGUGUUUGAGUGGUUACUAACCCUCUGCUUUUAGUUGUUUUCAAGUAUUUUAAUUAUGAACUGCAUAAGUCAUCAGUGUGUCGAGCCAAUCCAAGAGAGGGUUAAACUAUGUGCUUGAGUUUUGUUUGUUGUUUUCUCGUGAUGUUGCUUCAUCUUAGGUCAUCUUGUCUCAUAAUUGUGUUGUCUCCCCUUCCUUUUCCUGUCAUCCCCUCUGGUUCAGUGUGAGUGUGUCCAACACCUGCAAGAACUUAGCAAAACUGUUUUUUGAUGUUUGCCUCGAGGUGUCUUUUUAUCUAGUCCAGCUCACAGAUUGACACACAGACAGCAAGACAGACACACACACACACACACGAAAAAAAAAAAAUACUGAGGAUAUCGCAGAGAGAGCAGUUCAAAUAUUACGAAGAAGCCUGAGUAUCUUUCCUUUUUUUCUUUCUUUCUUUCCUUUUUUUUUUUUUACCACCACCCAUACCUGUGUCAUGACCUCUGCUCUCCCGGAUCCUAGUUCUGCGAACCCCCAUUCUGUCGUUCGUUGCUUGCAAAUUUUUAGCCUUGUAUAUUUGUUAACUUGUGGUUGGAGCUGUUCUUGUAUUAAAAGUUGUUAUACUAAAUA